AUGUCGCUUCGAAGGAAAAGGAUUGACUUCGAUGUCGCAUUCGAAGAGUUCAAGCGCGAUCUAGUAAAGAUGUUUGACUUUUCAGGAACGGGCACGGUUUCUGGCAUGGGCAUGUACCAGCUCGUGUACGAUAUCUGCAACUCUGUGCCUAAGCCGUUUUACGAACGGCUCUAUUGUGCCAUCGCCGACUUUUUAUGCGAAUAUGCCAUAGGAGUCCGACAGGCUAUUCUGGUUCAAGAUGAGGUCGUGCCUAUCUACGCCAUGUACUGGAGAAAAUACUCUGUCGCGACGAACUACUUGAAUGCCAUAUGUGAAUACCUCAAUGGAUUGAUCGUCAAGCAGCGCAAGGGACCCGGCAUCAGCGAGAAGCGACCAUUUGUUGGACAGAGCAGAUACCCUCGUCAAGAUGUGCAGGCGCUUGCGAACCAGGUUUGGAGGGAGCAUGUUGUCAUGGAAAUCAAGCAUCGCAAGCAGAACAGGUUGAUGUACCAGAUUUUUGAAACGAUCCGCCAGGACCGGGAAGGCAAACAAGUCAACUCGUCAGUCGUCCAUGAUGCCGUUCUCUCCCUCGUGUCAUUGAACGCAAAGACAGAUCAGCCCUUGGAGCUCUACAUCGAAGAAUUCGAAACGCCAUACAUUGCCCAGACGAAAGCGUACUACAAAGCCGAGAGCAACAUCAAACUGUCCAGCUGUACCAUAUCACAAUACAUGAGAUCUGCAAUCGACAGACUUGCUCAGGAAGGUAUCCGUAAUACACGUUAUUGUCAUCCGACGUCUCACGCACGGAUCAUCCAAGAAUGUGAGGCGCAGUACAUUUCCGAACAUCGGAAGAGCAUUCAGACAGAGUUUGAGAGAAUGAUUGCAAGCGAACGGAUGGAAGAUUGUACAAUGGCCUAUUCAUUGCUGUCUAGGAUAGAGGACGGUAUCACGCCGCUGUUGGCCACAUUUGAAAAGUAUAUUACAACGGUCGGACGCGAUAUCAUUUUAGGUUUGGGUGCCAGUAUUGCCAAGGAUCCGCGAGAAUAUGUGGAGAGAUUGAUCGAGUUACAUUUGAAAUACAUGCAAAUGUGUGCGAGGGUGUUUACGAAUGACGCUGCAUUCGUUGCUGCUGUGGACAAGGCGUUCAGGACAGUUGUUAACGACACGGCGACGAAUGCAGCAGCACGAUCUCCGGAGGUUAUGGCGCGUUAUACCGACACUAUGCUGAGGAAGAAGCAAAAGACAGGACUCUCAGAAUCUGAGAUCGAGGAUCGCCUGACGAGAGUCUACAUUGACGAUAAGGACCUGUUCCAGAAGUUCUACUCUCGUGUGCUAGCGAAGCGAUUAAUUUUUGAUGCCUCACUGUCUGCGGAGUCAGAGGCCAACAUGAUCUCUCGUCUUAAGAGCGCUUGCGGACACGAAUACACGUCAAAGCUGCAGAGGAUGUUUACAGACAUGACUAUCAGCUCGGAUUUGAAUGCCGGGUUCAAAGAAUGGCUGCAGGGCAACGAUCUCAGCAAUGGAGUGGACUUUAGUAUUCUGGUGCUUACAGCAGGAUCGUGGCCCGUGAACUCGACGCAGCCAUUGGAGUUCCAGUGUCCAGAUGAACUACAGAAAAGCAUAACCAAUUUCACAACCUAUUACGACAAUCGACACAGCGGACGUAAACUGAGCUGGUUCUGGCACUGGUGCAGAGCCGAUGUACGUGUGAACUAUCUUGACAAGCGCUAUGAGCUGUCCUUGUCGCUCUAUCAGUUUGCUGUGUUGGCAGUCUUCAAUUCUGGCGACUCGUAUAAAGUAUCCGAGAUUAGAGACCAGACGAAGCUAAUUGAAUUCGAGCUGAUCCGGGUGGUCAAGUCGCUUGUGGAUGCCAACCUGUUGAUUCUGGAGGACGGCGGGUCGAAUGUGACACUGUCGACAGUGCUCAAGUUGAACAUGGCCUUUUCCAAUAAGCGGACCAAACUCAAGAUCAGCGGUGGACUCCAGGCAGAUACGCCUCAGGAGACGACGGCAACGCUGAAGGCAGUGGAUGAAGAUCGCCGGCUGUGUAUCCAAGCGUCGAUUGUGCGAAUUAUGAAAUCUCGACGGGUUUUAUCGCAUAUGCAGCUUGUGCAAGAGGUGAUUGAGCAGUGCAAGACCCGGUUCUCGCCCAAUGUUCCGAUGAUCAAGAAGUGCAUUGAGCAGCUCUUGGACAAGCAGUACAUUGAACGGGCAGAGAACAGUCUGGAUCGGUAUGUGUACGUUACGUGA